GUGGCGAUAAUGCGCCUCUAAACUAACUUGCCAACCACCUCUAAUCACCAACGACGAAGAAACAGAGGCAGCAGGGAAAGCACCGCCAUCUUCGUGAGGUCGAAAGCUUUAGAACGGAGAUGCCAAGACAUUGCUCAGCAGGCGGCUGCAAAUCUCGGGACAAUCGUGAAACACGCAGUGCUGGUAUCACCUUUCACAAAUUACCAAAGGGAAGAACUCGGAGGAACCUCUGGAUCACCAACUCCCAUCGCACCGAUCUGUGGGAUCCCCAGACAGACUUUGUUUACUUCUGUUCCAAACACUUUACCCCAGAAAGCUUUGAACUCACUGGCUGUAGUGGGAUCCGAAGACUUAGGGAAGAUGCGCUACCAACAGUAUUUGAGUCCUCGUCAGAGGCCAAACGUAAAGGACCACGGAAGCCUCAAAAUCGAGAUGACGCUCAUGUCAGGAAAAAUCUGGACUCUUCAAAACCAGAGCCAGAUCACCAACGGCAUAUUCAGCAAGAGACGAAGGAGGCUCAAAAUAAAGAUGAAGUUCAAAAGUCAAUACCAGCACAUGAGGGGAAGUGUGACUCAGAUAAAGAGAUGAAAGAGACUGUAAAUAUCACUUCUUCUGAAGUUACUGUAGAGGUGGAGAAGCUCUCCCAGCAGGAAUGUUGUUCUUCAUCCCCACCAGACUCUCGUCCCCAUUCCCCAUCCCGUUACAUGAGGCGUCUGCCCCCUCCUCCAGGAUUCUACAUCCGAAAGGAGCACAGCUAUGCUCAGCUCUGCCCCCUCCUGUGGAGGAGACGUUAUGACCAGGCUAUUGACUGCUUGGAGAAGGCCGUACGGCAGCUGCAUGCAGCCAGGCGGCGGGAGAAUCGACUGCGGAGUACCCUCAUGCGGCUUCGCGAAAAACGCCUGAAGCACGCUCUGCUUAUCUCAGAUGGAUCCAAAAGCAGGGGAGGUGGGACGCCAUCUUGGGAGAACAGACAGUGCAGAGGGGCUGGAGACCGAACAGCUAAAGGUUCUUGUUUUGCUAACCAGGAAGAGAGUGAGAUUGAUGUUAAGUCUGAGGAUCUUGGGAUAUUUGAAGACAGAUCUGCAGAGCAAAUGGAAUGGGAUGGGCAUAGUCUCACAACAGAUGGCAGCAACUGGUCUGAGGAGGAUGGAGGAUAUUGCUUUUACUGUGGAAGAGGUCGAGAGCGUUAUGGGGGCCGAGUAGCUCGCAGAGUUUUGAAGACUAAGAAAGAUGGACAGCCUGUAGUGUGUGAUGGAUCCUUUAGGUGUCAUGCAAACAAGAGGAGCGAGCAGUGUGGCAAAUGGCUUCAGUUUCUGAAACGGAUUAAGGGUCAAAAGAAAGCAGUUAUCGACAGUGAAGCAGGAGCAUUGCAGGAAAGUGACCACGAUUCUUGUUGCUUGACUGAAAGUGCUGCUGACGUUCAGAUAACCCUCGAGAAAGGUGUUGAAACGAUGUUCAGUAUUAACGGUGGUUCAAACCUAGCCGUUCCUCAAGUCCUGCUGCAAACCCAAAGCCAAGGCAGCCUUCAGCAGAUGACCCCCUCUGGACUUUCACUGCGUGACACUUACGUUCAGUGUCUGCAGUCAGACCAAGGCUCUCAGCAGGAGCUGAUCCUCUCAGACAUGUGUGUUCAGGAUGCUGAACGCACCGGUCAGGAACAUGAGGAACUGAAACAGCAGCUGUUCUGGGUCCAGGACGGUGCUGAGGGACAGGUACUUCUAGUGUCUGUCCCUUCUCAAGAGGAGAUAAAGAGUGUAGUCAGGAUGGAGGGAGUGAAUGAAAAUGACCAAACCAUAUUGGUGUCAGAAUUGGGUUUUAAAAGAAACUUCAGACCCAUGCCAGAGGACAGUGUAGACAAAUGCAGCAAGAAUCUGUCCAGAGAACUGAGAGUUGAAAUGACCUCUGAUAGUGAGCAUGUUGAACAACAUUCUGAUAUAUGCAGCACGUCUAUGGGAAUUAGAGAAGAUGUAAGAGAGAAGCUAAAGGAGCAUUUAGAGGUAUUUCAUCUUCAGUUGAGCAGUGAGUUUAUUAAAUGAAAAUAUUAAGGAUUGAACACAACUGAUGUUAUACCCAUAACUAUUGUUUCUGAAAUAUGAUAUUGGUCACUUUGUCACAAUAAUUUUCUUGCUUCAGAAUAAAAACGUUUACUGUAU